CAAAAGUAAAAUUUCUUUAUUAAAUCAGCCUGUUAUAUAUAACAGUUUUUAACUCCAUUCCUUAAAUACAAUUGGGGUCAAAUAAGAAUUACUUUCUAUAAGAACAGGGUUAGAAUCGUUAGAUUGUUAACACUGUGAGAUAUCUUUGAUGAUUUUCAACCCAAGGGAUGAUCAUGAAUUUGGUAAACACACACACACACACAAACUUAAAAUGAGGUCUAACCUUAAAUUUUUAAUAGAACUUGUCAAAAAGUUUGUUAGCAAAAGUGUGGGUGAAAAGAGAUUCCCGGCCAGGCACAGUGGUUUACUCCUGUAAUCCCAAUACUUUGGGAGGCCAAGGCGGGCGAAUCACUUGAGGUCAGGAGUUCAAGACCAGUCUGGCCAAUAUGGUGAAACCUUGUCUCUACUAAAAAUACAAAAAUUAGCUAGGCGUGGUGGUGCAUGCCUGUAGUCCCAGCUACUUGGGAGGCUGAGGCACAAGAAUCACUUAACUUGGGAGGCGGAAGUUGCAGUGAGCCGAGAUCACACCACUGCACUCCAGCCUGGGCUACAGAGCGAGACUCCGUCUCCAGAAAAAAAGAAAAGAAAUUCCCACAUAUUGCUCAUAAAUGUAAAAUUGGACAUUAUGAAGAAAAAUUAGACAAUGUUGAUCAAGAUUAACGGUGCCGACACCCAUUGACCUAGCAAUUCUACCUCUAGAAAUUCUCCCUACAUAAAUACUUAUACAUGUAAACAUGAAAAUACAAGACUUUAGGCUUGGUGUGGUGACUCACGCCUGUAAUCCCAGCACUUUCGGAAGGCAAGUCAGGAGAAUCACUUGAGCCCAGGAGUUCCAGACCAGCAUGGCCAACAUAGUGAGACCUUGACUCUACAAAAAAUUUUUUAAAAAAUUAGCCGGGUGUGGCGUGCAUCUCUAGUCCUAACUACUGGGGAGGCUGAGGUGGGAGGAUCGCAGGGUGGGAGGCUGCAGGGAGCUAUGAUUGCACCACUGCACUCCAGCCUGGGCGACAGAGCGAGACCCUGUCUCAAACAAAUAAAAAAAUUAAAGCAUAACCUGUAGGAGAUAGCUCAAUGAAUGCUGAUGUUUAGAAGAAGGAUUUGGGUUAUCUCCGAUUAUUUUAGAAAGGAGAUGCAUUACAGAGAUCAGGGAACAGUCUCUGAAGAAGGAUCCCCUGGGUUUGACGGCCAUACCUAUUGCUUUUAGCUGUAUAACCUUGAGCAAGUUACUUACCUGAGCCUCAGUUUCUUCAUCUGUAAUCUGCAUUAUAGCUGUGUUGUGAAGGUUCAAUGGGAUGGUGCCUGCAAAACUUCCCCCGCCCCAAACCUGACACAUAAUAGGCACUAAGCGUAGCCGUAAUUAUUAUUUAAUAAAUAUGUUGUUCUAUGUGGUGAUGGCAGAUUAAGGGGCUACUUUGGUGAUAUAAUCUGCCCUCUUGGGGUAGAGUUGAGGGCUUUGGAGUUGGGUAAAUUCCUCUCUAGCACUCACUAGACUUCGAGCACAUCAUUCCCUAACCUCUAUGGCCUCAGUUUUCUCAUCUGUAAAGUGGCCAGAAUAAAUUCCAAGUCUUGAGAGUUUGCUCUGAAACUUAAACGUAUAUUACUCAUAAGAGUUUAAUACACAAUUAUUUUAUUUCCUGCCAAUCUAAUGGCAAAGACAUGGAAUAACCCAUCAAACAGCCCAGUAACCCCAGGAAACCAGAGGGACGGAAACCAGGGCGAUGGGCGAGUCAGUCAUGGCCGGUGCGCCGCGUUUCGAAGGGGACGGCCAUGGAGCGGUGGGUGGUCGCUCAGCUCCCCAAUCGCUCUCCGACACCCGGCUGGGGAGACACGACCUCCCUGGAGGCCGCAGCAGCUUGAUUGUCACCCGGGCAACCCCACCUUCCGGUUCCCUCUACAACCCCUUGCCCCGCUUCCGGUUCCGGCGUCGUGCGUCAUCGCUGGGCGACUGAUUUCGAGUUUCCGGUCAGGUUAGGCAGGGGGGUGCGGUCCUGGUCGGAAGGAGGUGGAGAGUCGGGGGUCACCAGGCCUAUCGUUGGCGUCACAGUCGGCCACCGGGGCUCGCCGCCGUCAUGGAGAGCGGAGGACGGCCCUCGCUGUGCCAGUUCAUCCUCCUGGGCACCACCUCUGUGGUCACCGCCGCCCUGUACUCCGUGUACCGGCAGAAGGCCCGGGUCUCCCAAGAGCUCAAGGGAGCUAAAAAAGUUCAUUUGGGUGAAGAUUUAAAGAGUAUUCUUUCAGAAGCUCCAGGAAAAUGUGUGCCUUAUGCUGUUAUAGAAGGAGCUGUGCGGUCUGUUAAAGAAACACUUAACAGCCAGUUUGUGGAAAACUGCAAGGGGGUAAUUCAGCGGCUGACACUUCAGGAGCACAAGAUGGUGUGGAAUCGAACCACCCACCUUUGGAAUGAUUGCUCAAAGAUCAUUCAUCAGAGGACCAACACAGUGCCCUUUGACCUGGUGCCCCACGAGGAUGGCGUGGAUGUGGCUGUGCGAGUGCUGAAGCCCCUGGACUCAGUGGAUCUGGGCCUAGAGACUGUGUAUGAGAAGUUCCACCCCUCGAUUCAGUCCUUCACCGAUGUCAUCGGCCACUACAUCAGUGGUGAGCGGCCCAAAGGCAUCCAAGAGACCGAGGAGAUGCUGAAGGUGGGGGCCACCCUCACAGGGGUUGGCGAACUGGUCCUGGACAACAACUCUGUCCGCCUGCAGCCGCCCAAACAAGGCAUGCAGUACUAUCUAAGCAGCCAGGACUUCGACAGCCUGCUGCAGAGGCAGGAGUCGAGCGUCAGGCUCUGGAAGGUGCUGGCGCUGGUUUUUGGCUUUGCCACAUGUGCCACCCUCUUCUUCAUCCUCCGGAAGCAGUAUCUGCAGCGGCAGGAGCGCCUGCGCCUCAAGCAGAUGCAGGAGGAGUUCCAGGAGCAUGAGGCCCAGCUGCUGAGCCGAGCCAAGCCUGAGGACAGGGAGAGUCUGAAGAGCGCCUGUGUAGUGUGUCUGAGCAGCUUCAAGUCCUGCGUCUUUCUGGAGUGUGGGCACGUUUGUUCCUGCACCGAGUGCUACCGCGCCUUGCCAGAGCCCAAGAAGUGCCCUAUCUGCAGACAGGCGAUCACCCGGGUGAUACCCCUGUACAACAGCUAAUGGUUUGGAAGCCGCACAGCUUGACCUGGAAGCACCCCUGCCCCCUUUUCAGGGAUUUUUAUCUCGAGGCCUUUGGAGGAGCAGUGGUGGGGGUAGCUGUCACCUCCAGGUAUGAUUGAGGGAGGAAUUGGGUAGAAACUCUCCAGACCCACGCCUCCAAUGGCAAGAUGCUGCCUUUCCCACCUGAGAGGGGACCCUGUCCAUGUGCGGCCUCAUCAGAGCCUCACCCUGGGAGGAUGCCGUGGCAUCUUCUCCCAGGAGCCAGAUCAGUGCGAGUGUGACUGAAAAUGCCUCAUCGCUUAAGCACCAAAGCCAGUGAUCAGCAGCUCUUCUGUUCCUGUGUCUUCUGUUUUUUUCUGGUGAAUCGUUGCUUGCUGUGGACUUGGUGGAGGACUCAGAGGGGAGGAAAGGCUGGGCCCCGAGUACAACGGAUGCCUUGGGUGCUGCCUCCGAAGAGACUCUGCCGCAGCUUUUCUUCUUUUUCCUCAUGCCCCGGGAAACAGUCUUUCUUCAGAAUUGUCAGGCUGGGCAGGUCAACUUGUGUUCCUUUCCCCUCACCUGCUUGCCUCCUUAACGCCUGCACGUGUGUGUAGAGGACAAAAGAAAGUGAAGUCAGCACAUCUGCUUCUGCCCAAAUGGUCAGGGCCCCGGGCAACAGAUUGAAGAGAGAUCAUGUGAAGGGCAGUUGGUUAGGCAGCCCUCCUGGUUUCACCACUGGCCCUGAUUUGAACUCCUGCCACUUGGGAGAGCUCGGGGUGGUCCCUGGUUUUCCCUCCUGGAGAAUGAGGCGCAGAGGCCUCGCCUCCUGAAGGAGGCAGUGUGGAUGCCACUGGCCUGGUGUCCUGGCCUCACAGCUUCCUUGCAAGGCUGUCACAAGGAAAAGCAGCCGGCUGGCACCCUGAGCAUAUGCCCUCUUGGGGCUCCCUCUUCCAGCCCGUCGCAGCUUUGACAUCUUGGUGUACUCAUGUCACUUCUCGUUGUGUUACCCCCUCCCAGUAUUACCAUUUGCCCCUCAACUGCCCUUGGUGAGCCUUUUAGUGCAAGACAAAUGGGGCUGUUUUCCCCCACCUCUGAGUAGUUGGAGGUCACAUACACAGCUCUUUUUUUAUUGCCCUUUUCUGCCUUUGAAUGUUCAUCUCUCGUCCUCCUUUGUGCAGGCGAGGAAGGGGUGCCCUUAGGGGCCGACACUAGUAUGAUGCAGUGUCCAGUGUGAACAGCACAAAUUAAACAUGUUGCAACCAA